AUGAGUGAUGUUGCUGCGGGGUCGCCUACUACGCCUGGCUCGAUGGCAGCACCUGAGGAGGCUAUACAGGCGGAUGUCGCCGCGAGCGGGAGCGAUGCACGCCCUACCGACACCGCUGCGUCUCCGACUGCGAGCGAUGUGCACUCGGUGACGACGCCAUGCACGGUUACGAGCUCGGUUGCGACGCCCCUCAGGACACACAUCGCCGGAGUUUCGGAGCUGCCGGCUGUCUACCUCCCGCCGAUCCACUACUCCUAUGACCGGGAGACCGGAACCUGGAUCAAGCUGCCCCAGGAUGGUAAUGCGCUGCCGUCGUCCUUUAGCGUGCCGUCCUCAAGCGUGGUGAACACGGUUGCGGCCUCGACCAUACGUUCGGUGCCGUCUACGCCGAUCGAGGAAUCGUUCAUCGAGCCGAGGAGCACGGUCAGGGUGGUGCCCGCCACGAGUCCAUCGGUGCAGUCGUUCACGACUCACAUAUCGCAGAUCUCCAGAAACUUGAAUACAGACAAUGAGUCGCAGGCUACCACGCAGUGCCAGGCGCCGCAACACCCGCCGCGGUUCUACUCGUCGCCGCCAAUGCAGGUUGGCACGGGCACGUCUUACGUGGUGAAUCCCGUGGUAAAUCGCGAAUACACGUGCGUGUCGCCCCUGAUGCCGUACGGCGUUGCAACUCAGGCGACUCCGGUACACGUAUGCUCGCCUCCCGUGGCGCAGCCCGCUCCGGCUGUGGUGAGGAACCAGUUCACAUUCGACGGCCCCGCGCCCAGCUUCCCAGGAUCGCCAGCGCCUGCAUACGAGCCCUACUCUGCGCAUACGACGCCGCGGCCUGCGAGUGCGGCCCAGGCGUUUGCGACGUCCAUGGGCCGCACCUACAACGCGGCGGCGGGCGUGUUCCGCAGCUUUGACGAUAUGGCCGCGAACCCUGCCGUCACAGGAAUGCAACGCAUGCUGCAUCCCGUGGCCACGGACUUUGUCAAGGCCGCUGUUUUCAAGCUGCAACGGUUGGAAAACGUGCCUGCAUCCACCAAUUCCGUGAACAAGGUCGCCUACAGUCUCGUGGCGUAUUUCGACCCCACGACAGAGAACUACGGCGCUUACCGCUCGCGUCCGCGCUGGGGGAUCCCGAACGACCGGCCAAACAGCGCUAACUGUGACUUGCGUGGCGAUGUUAUCAAGAUCCCGUGGCAGGGCGAGAUCUACGUCUUUCUGAAGGUGCUGGAGCACGUCAACCAGAUAGAGACCGUAGUCGGACGCAUGAAGCUACACAUCGAGUCGCUCGUGAGGCAGCACCCGCUGCGCGUGAACAUCAUCAGCGACGACAACCACCUCGCCGGCAGCGCCAUCCUGGAGUUCAGCGUCGGACACAUGAGCCACGACGAACUCCGCGACGCCCAGGACGAGGCGCUGCGCGUGGCGACCUCCCGCAGGCAGAUGGACUACCAGUACCGCGCGAACCGGAUGCCGGAGUACGAAGCGAGCCUCCAGCAGCACAGGCAGACGCAGCGCGACAGGGCCGCCGCGGAGUACCGGAAUUCGCCCGCGGGAUACCGCGAACGCGCACGGCCGAUGGCGCUCGGAGAGGUGCAAGUACCGGCGGCACUGAACCACUUUGUGAGGUGGUGCUGCGACAUCACAGACAGCGACCUGUACUGA